AUGGCAUUUUUUCGUUUGGUGUUAUACACAUCCAAACUAAAUAGGAUCAACCAGAAAGUAAUAGCCGAAAAAAAUGCAGCCGCCGCAAUUUCAAGGAAAGAAAAACCAAAAUAUGGUUGGAGAUUGAAACUCAGUCACUUGUGGAUAGAGUGCAAGAGACGACUCAACAAUUGCCUCAUUAAUUCGAAUUUCUUGAAGAAGACCUUCGUCGAAAGGUUUUUCUAUAGGUUGAGGAGAUAUGGAAGUUUUGAGAAUUAUGUUCUGAAGAGUCUAUUGGGUUUUUUCGGUGGUUAUUUACUGACCUAUUUGUUGUUCGUAUUUCUCUCCGUGCAAUUGAAUGUGAGACUUACCGUAGCUACCCUGAUAUGUUGCUUUCUGGGAUGUAUCCUGACUAUCGGAUUAGCUUUCAGUCAGAACAUCAGAUGUAUUGUUUUCCUAACGCUGCCGCAAUUCUUUUCCAAAAGAGGAAGACAAGCUCUCAUAGCAUAUGCCCUGAUUCUUACCAUAACUGGACCUGCCAAAAAUACUUUGAACAAUAUGGGUAUAAUGAGCGAAUCUUUGGCUUGCGGACAGGAGCAGUUGAAAUCUGCUGUUAGACAAAUCCUAGAUGUGAUUAAAAAACCUUUCGUAGCAAUCAAGGAGGCACUAAAGUCCGUAGUUAAAGCAGUCAAAGAAGUAAUAAAGAAGAUAAAGGAGAUACUGAUUAAGAUAAAGAGGGUGAUCAUGGCUAUCAUUGGGGUGAUUAAAUCAGUUUUCCAGUUCCUUGGAAGGAUAUUAAACCUCUGCAAUAAAGAAUUGGGUACUCCUUAUCAAAGAUGUGAGAGAGUGUUCGAAGGUGCGAUCACAGAUUGCCAAGCAUCUUUGGGUCCAUUCUUCAGCUGGACAUGUUCUAUUGGAUAUCUCCUAGAGAGUGUCUGCUACAUAGUGAAACCCUUCGAUCUCAUUUGUUUACUGGUGGAUUUCCUCAGUGAUUCGAUAAUAGGAGUUGUGAUGAGAAAACUGAAAAUAUUCAUUCGACAUGUGAAAACGAUGUUUUAUGUGAGGAUCAAAUUCUCCCACUCUUACCAUUUUGAAUCGAAGUCCUCCAAGAGUAUGAGAGAAAUAGCGAGUAGCAUUGUGGGUGAAGUCAAGACGAGAACAAAAGGAAUUGCCUCUGUUUUCGAGUUCUUCAAUUGUGCAGCAAGCUUGUUCUUUAUUUUUCUCAUUUCCAGAGUUGUGAAUUACAGACACCAAUUUUUAACGAAGGAAAGAUUUGACAAUAAGUUUUUGACCAAAAAUUUGGUUGAUAUAGAUCUGAGGAGAGCUGAAAUGGAAAGAGAAACAAUAUUUCCACUUAACCAUAGAGAAAGGAAGAAGUACAUAACAAUACAAUCAAUACGCUUACUAUCCAAAGAGCAGAAGCAGCUAGCAGAGGGUUUGGGAUUAUUGAUGUCUACUGCACUGAAAAUUGGAACGCACAUGGCAAUUGAUUAUUCUUUAUUCUGGAUAAUGAAUCUGAUCCGAAAAUAUGGAAAAUUUCAAUCCAAGGUUCAAGCACCGAACAUACCCACCGUCCACAUAGCUGGGGAGGGUUUUCUGGCCGAUCUCCUCAAAGCUGUCGUGAAAUCCUUCCAGCCUCUGGGAAUAAGCCUCGAAAUAGAUACCGUUCCCUGUUUACCCAUUCCUAUUCCACCGGAUUUCGAUAGAUACGUCCAAAUAGCAUCCAUUUUGGCAUUAUGCCUACUCCUAACAAUCUUCGAGCCAUACGGUUUGCGUUGGAGGAACUGGAUACUUUGUUACUACUAUCCAAGAAGAGCGAAAGAAAGAGCCGUCUGGUUAUACAAUCAUAUCCUGAGAUCCAGAGCUUCUUUCCUGAAGUUUGCUAGAAGACAACUGAGAAGGAAAGUAUUGGGUAGCGAGAAAAUUACGAAAGUGACAUGCCUUGAAUACUUGAGAUCAAAAACGAACAACAAAUGUUUAUUGUUGUUUCUUGGAUCGGAUAAACAACAAGCCUGCUUAUUGUGUGGGGAAGUGUUCAGGAAAUCGGACAAGGAGACUGCAAUAAAAUGUCAGAGGCCAGGUUGUACCGCAAUGUACUGCAAGCAGUGCUUCGAAGAUUUGGAAAAUGUGUGCACGGUUUGUCUUUCACCUAUCGAUUAUGGUGAUAUGUCUGAUUUCAGUGAAGAAAGAGAUUCCUCAGAUGAAGAUCAAGCCAUCCCCUCCAAAUCGACAGUAGACACUGGAGGGUUCGAUUCUGGAAUGACCACUGAUGAACCAACGGAAGAGACGGAGGGAUCGACCGACGAGUACUCUUACAGUUACCAGGAAACCGAAAAAGCGCCAUCCAUCAUCAGUGACUACAGAACAGAAUAUUCUAGGGACAUUGAAAAGCAGAGCUCGCCCGAUUAUGUGAGCAUGCAAUAUUUCGAUGAGGAAAUAGAGCUGUACAGCUUGAAAACAGCUGGACUGGAUGACAGAGAUGAAGGGACGCAAUUUCCAGAUGCAUCGUCUUCUUCGAUCAAAGUGGAGAAAGAAACCGAUAUCAAAGAUGAACUUGAAACCUCGUCCGCUGCCAGCAGUUUCCAACAACAGAUUGAAGAUCAACAUUUGGAGGAUGAAAGUUGUUCCUGCCUAACUCUAGAUACAGUGGAGGAAACACCUUCUAAACUACUCAUAGAUGAACUGAAACGAAAAUUGUCUUCGAUGGGAAGCGAACGAAAAUACGUAGAACAUCCGUCGUUAUGCAUGGUUCAGGAUUUGAAACCAAUUCCAGAACAGACGGAAGAUGAAGCCUUGAUUCAGUUCUCCCCAGACGAGGAAAAAGAAGAAAGAAAUACUGUUUACGAAAGUUCCCACGGAAGUUUCAUCUCACGUAGCCACUCCGUUAAGCCUGAAGCCAGAAAAUCAUCUUCCUCAAAUGAUAUCCCUAAGGAUACUGAAAGUAGCUCUGACGGAAAGAGAUUCUUGAGCGAUUCCGAAUUUUCCGAGAAUGAUGUGAAGCAACUGAUUGGAAAAUCCAGAAGAAACAAGAAAUCUCAUAUUCCAGAGUCUUCCACCAAUUCUUCCGAUGAACACAGGGCGAUAAGGGCGAGGGGAUUAGCUACAAAUGCCAAAGGCCAGGGUCAAUGUAAAAACCCAGUCUAA